GGCCAAGCAGACUUCUCCAGACUUCGACACUGUCAACAAUUUAUUACCGGAAAUGGAAUCUCAAAGGGCGUGACAGUCUUUCAGUUCACCUCAGUUGAUAUCUCUUUCGGCUUCUUUCCCUUUCCCCCACCCAUGUCAAAAUGAUAGAGUCGAGCUGCGUCAUCUUUUCGUCGUGUUUAAAUUCCGAUACAUACCACAAGACUCUCCAUUAAAGGUCCGACAAUGUCUCUCGCAAAAAUCAAGAGCGUCAAACACCUGACGAUCGUUAUUAAGAUCGGUAUGAACUCGCCAUGAUCUAUCGAUCCAAGUCGCUGAACCAAAAGCCACUCAACUACAAGAAGCUCACCAUUGUUAUAGGAACAUCCUCGAUUGUCGAUGAGAAGACUCAUGAGCCCAUCUUAUCGAUUCUUUCUUUGAUUGUGGAGACUGCAAUCAAGCUACGGAGAGAUGGCCAUCGAGUGGUACUUGUGUCUUCGGGGGCCAUUGGCGUUGGACUGCAGAGAAUGAAAAUGUCUAAACGACCGAAGCAUUUGGCUCAAGUUCAGGCUCUUGCUGCAAUAGGUCAAUCCCGCCUUAUGUCCAUCUGGGACUCACUAUUCGCCCACAUGAACCAACCUGUGGCGCAAAUCCUACUCACUCGAAACGACAUCGCCGAUCGAUCUCAAUAUCUCAAUGCCCAAAAUACCCUCGCUGAAACGCUUUCAAUGGGUGUUGUUCCAAUUGUCAACGAAAACGACACUUUGGCCGUCUCAGAAAUCAAAUUUGGCGAUAAUGAUACUCUUUCUGCCAUCACAGCUGCCAUGGUACAUGCAGAUUACCUCUUCCUCAUGACCGAUGUGGAAGCCUUAUACGACUCCAACCCCCGGAAAUUCCCUGAUGCUAAACCAAUUCUGGUAGUCGACGAUAUCGACGCUCUACAAGCCGAUGUGUCCUCUGCGGGCUCCGCUCUCGGAACAGGCGGUAUGGCUACCAAGAUCGUUGCAGCUCGACUAGCUACGGCUGCCGGCACAUCGACAAUUAUUACAAAGUCUUCAAAACCGGGCAACAUCGCCGCCAUAAUUAAUCACCUCCAUCCUCCAAUCGACCCGUCCACCAAUGAACCCAUGCUACAAACUGAACUACCUCCUCUUCACACUAGGUUCAUUCCCUCUCCAUCCCCAAUCCGAAACCGUGCAUUUUGGAUCCUGCACGGCUUGGCUCCACAUGGGACAAUCUACAUUGACCGCGGGGCAUUCAACGCUCUCGCAAACAAGGCAGGCCUCCUGCCUGUGGGUAUUGUCGGGGUCGAGGGUUCCUUCGCCCAACAAGAGUCUGUCCGGCUUGUGGUUGUGGACAAAGUUCCAUUGGGAUCGCUUUCGCCAACUGGCGACUCCUCCUCGGCGUCAAUGCAAAUGGUUAGCAACCGCGAAGAAAUUGGCCGAGCAGUGGUCAACUAUGCUGCCGCUGAGGUGGCUAGGAUCAAGGGACUGAGAAGCAGUGAGAUCAUGGCGGUGCUGGGCUAUGCCGACACUGAGUACGUGGCCUUCCGUGAGAACGUUAGCUUGAUCGCAUCGACCGGAGACCGGAGCGUGGGAAGUCGGCCUGAGACUCCAACAGCAGGAUUCCGAACACCAGGUCGGGCAGACAAGGGCGGAUCAACACCGGAAGCCAGUGUGGCUGACUUGAGGAAUGUCAAUCCAUGAUGUCGAAGACAACAGCACCGGGGUUUAAUGGAGUUCUUUUUAAGGACUUUCCCAAACAAUGAUCUUGGCAGACCGCUUCUAUCGGUCAAAAUCCGAUCUUGAAGGCUGAAGGGACAUUGGCCUUCAAGGUUGUGUGGUUCACAACCGAACAGGUACCCUUACCAAUGCAGAGUUGGUCUCCUCAUGCUUCGGAUGACACCAGACCUCCACAUCCUAUGAAGGACGAAAUCAUGUCUUCAUUCCCAUCGUCAUCAGCAUCUCCACCACAAAGCAUGGGUCGAUUUUCGGUUGGGAGUGGUCGGUGAUGACUUGGGCACUAUAUAUGACGAAAGAGUAUGAACAUAAACAGAUGCCUCCGAAGGCUACGAAUUUGAAAAUUUGCAGAAACCAGAUGCGACCCUGUCUAAAGGUUGAUCGGACUCGGCACGCACCAAGACAAACAAACAAAUCAGACCAGUAGUUGGCAGUCCCUGGCAAGAGCAUGGCUUUCGUUCAUCGGAUCCCAAAUCCACUCGGAGAUUUUGUCAAUCAGCCGGUCCAGAUUCGGAUUGCCGAUAUUUACGCAAUUGCAACGGCGACUAGGAUAGACGAGAAGAUAGAAUUUUUCGAUUCGUUAGCAUCGAAAUCAUGACUGCCGAUACCAAUUGGAUGUGGUUCGAUUCCGUGAUGGAGGUGAAUAUUCUUGGAUCACGACAGAAAAUUCCUACACUGCCGAGGGAUCAGGCGAAAGGUCAGCCUUCCAAACCUGUAAUUUCGAACUUUCUAUCCGUGCUUUGAGGUCUGAUCUCUUGCCAC